AUGGCUUUAACGCUGCUUAUGAGUUUUCUUGGGAUAGCUGCAUCCCAAUCUUUCUCAUACGAUUACCAUGGAGUUGAGUGGUCCAGCUAUUGCGUCAAUGGCCUAAGUCAAUCUCCAAUCAAUAUCACAAAGGCCUACGAUGGCCUCGAGUUGCAUGAAAACGACAAUGACGCUAACUACGCUUAUUUUAAACUAGACUGGAGUGAGCGCCACCUCAAGCCCACUUACAAUCCAUUUGUAAACUUCGUCCUAAACUCAGAUUUUGGUUUCUCAAACCUCACCAGUGCUGAUGAAGUCCUUAUAGACUCCUACCACAUUCAAACUAUUAAGGUCCACUACCCAUCUGAACAUAGAUUUAAUAAUGAUGGGAGUGAUAUUUAUGCCCUUACUUCCCCUCAGUUAGAAAAGAUAAUUUUUAUGAAAAAUUAACCGCAAAAAAUCUUAUAUAAAUAUUAGAUUAAAGCUCUUCAUCCUUGACAGAGCCGGGAUUUCAAACCCUACUGUAUUUUUCUCAACAAAAAAAUUUUUUUUAGCAAUGGAAAGUUACCAACCCUAACGAAAUGGAAGUCCAAUUCGAACACAAGAGCUUGACGACUGGCAACGUUAUGAUUUUGGCAAUUAUUUAUGAGUGGGGAAGUUCUAAUUUCUUUAUCGAGUCACUUAUUGAUUCUUUUAACAAUCCAAGUGGCGCUACUAUUAGGAUGCCAGAAGCAAUUCCUGGGCCUAAAUAUUUGUGGAACUAUUAUAAUUACACUGGGUCUUAUACAGUGCCUAGCUGUGGAGAAGGUAUCACUUGGGUAGUUAAAACUCAUAAAGAAACAGCCAGCUUAGAACAAUUAGACUUUUUCAGAGGAAUUCUCAUGGCGAAUUAUUCAGGAGGAAAUUACAGGUAUGCCCAGCCUCUAAACAAUAGGACAAUUUACAAGUAUUCUUCAGAUUCAGGAGCAAGCGCAAUAUUCAUGAUUUUUGGAGGGUUGGUCCUUUCUUUCUUAGCUUAA